GUAAUGCAGUUUGCCUGAAAUCAGCCACAAGAGGACCGGCUCCCCUGCAAUUGGUUAGGCCUGGGUUUUUUUCCUCCUUCCUCUUCUUUUUGUAGCUUUCGGCUUGGCUAAGUAGACCACGAUGACCAUCAGACGCAUAGAUCAAGGGCAGCGUUACAGGCCAAGAAUGGCAUUCUUGAAAAAGCUGGAGGUUCUGUUGGUGGAGAUGCAGGAGCCAAGUUCUGGCAUCAAAAUGCACGCUCAGAAGGUCACGGUCGUCGACAUCCCGCAUGCAAUGACUGGUUCCGAUAUGCUGCAGUGGCUUAUGCAGCGCCUUCAGAUUACCGACGAAGAGGCACUCAGUUUGGGAAGUAUGAUUAUCAGGUACGGCUACAUCUAUCCUCUUCAGGAUCCGAAGAAUCUGAUUCUCAGACCAGACAGCAGCCUCUACAGGUUUCAGACACCGUAUUUUUGGCCGACCCAGCAGUGGGCAGCAGAUGAUACCGACUAUGCCAUCUACCUAGCCAAGAAAAAUAUCAAAAGGAAAGGAGUUUUAGAAGAAUAUGAAAAGGAAAAUUAUAACACGCUGCACAAAAAAAUCAACCACAAAUGGGACUUCGUUGUUAUGCAGGCCCAGGAACAGUAUAGGACAGGAAAAGAACGAAAGAAGGAAGAUCGAUAUGCUCUGGACUGUCAGGAGAAAGCCUAUUGGCUAGUGCACCGAACAGCUCCAGGGAUGCAGGACACACUUGACUAUGGCUUAGAUCGAGUAACUGAUCCCUGUGAAAAUACGAAAAAAACCAUGGAUGUUUACAGGAGAGAGAUCAUGUACUACCAGCAGGCCAUAAUGAAAACCACAGUAAAGUCCUCUGUCUCCCUGGGAGGAAUUGUGAAGUACUGCGAACAGUUCCGCUCCAAUGACUGCAUAAUCUCAGGAUGCCUCCCCAGCAACCCAUGGAUCUCAGACGAGGUUGACUUUUGGGAGUACAAUGCAAAGCUGGUGGAAAUCCCCACCAAAUCACGAGUGGAGAGAUGGGCCUUCAAUUUUAGCGAGCUGAUGAGGGAUCCCAAAGGCCGCCAGAACUUCCAGCUGUUCCUGAAGAAAGAGUUCAGCGGGGAGAAUCUGGGAUUUUGGGAAGCUUGUGAAGAUCUGAAGUAUGGAGACCAAUCCAAGGUGAAAGAAAAAGCAGAAGAAAUUUACAAGACCUUCUUGGCACCUGGAGCAAGGCGCUGGAUCAAUAUUGAUGGCACCACCAUGGGCAUCACAGUCAGAGGCCUCAAGCACCCUCAUCGCUAUGUCUUAGAUGCUGCACAGACUCAUAUUUAUAUGCUGAUGAAGAAGGAUUCGUUUGGUCGCUAUUUAAAGUCUCCAAUAUACAAGGAAAUACUGUCCAAGGCAAUUGUGCCGCAAGAAGCCGCCGUGAAGAAAAGCUCUAAUAAUCCAUUUGCUCGCCGGCAACUCCGCUCCAGCCCCAGCCCAGUCAUCUUGAGGCAACUGGAGGAAGAAGCCAAGGCGAAAGAAGCAGCGGCCAACGUGGACAUCACCCAGUUGUGCCAAUUCACUGCUCCUGUUCCCCAUCUGGCCAUUUACAGUGGUACCUCUGACUCUCCGUCCACGUCCAAUGCUUUUUCUUCCUCCCGCCGUGCGCCUAGCAAUCGUCCUCUCCAGUGCCCUGGAUGCAUUACUCUACCAAACAGCACUAGUGCCUCCUCUGUUAAGGUAGCCCCAGACAGCAACUCUGUCACGGGCAGGAACUGGGAUGGGCCCAGCUCUAACUCCGCCCCUUCCUUCAUGGAAAGCACUGAGAUCACCAUGGAUUCUGAGCUGGAGCCCUGCCGCAGCUCCCAGUACCCUAUGAGCUCUAAGACCAAGCUGCUGCCCAAGCCCCAGAUGUCCUCAUCCCUCGGCAGGUUCCUCAAACUGGGAUGCUUGAACUCUCCACUGUUUGCAACGUUCUCACCCAAGUGCCCUGGAGUGAUUCAUGGGAAAGUGCAACCACUCGAUGGUCUGAACCCACAACUGCAACAGAGGUCCAAAAAGGUGUCCAACUUCUUCCAGAUAAAAAUGGAAAUACCCCUGGAGAGCAAGGUCCACCCAAUAGAUUCGGAGGAGGAGGAAGAGGGCAGCCACUGGGCUUGCAAGGAUUCUGCAAAUGAAGUUAUCUGCCCAUGGGAGAAUCUGAUAGAAGAUGGAAAAGCUGGAUAAAAAGAAGCCUUUGACGCUAUUUGGAUAUUUUUAAAUGGCUAAUUUUUUUAUCCUGCUCCUGAAUUGGCAGGUAUAAUUACCUAUAGAUUGAGUGAUUUAAUAAUGCUGUUAAAAGGAGUGCAAUGGAAUAAAGAAUGAGAAUGAGAAUAAUCCACAUGGAUUGCAAAGCAAGAACCCAGAUACAUAUUUAUUUCAAAAUUCAGAAAUUUAAUGUUGGCCUCUUUUUUUUUGGCAGUUCAGUGCCAUCACUUCCUGGUGUAUCUGAAGAAGUGUGCAUGCACACAAAAGCUCAUACCUAUGACAAACUUAGUUGGUCUCUAAGGUGCUACUGGAAGGGUUUUUUUAUUUUGGUUUUGGUUUCUUUUAUGUAACUCUUAACUACAUCAAGUGUAUUUAGGAAACUCUCCUGCUUUGUUAGCCUUUCAGAACUAUUGCAUUUGCAUUUAUUAUGCCUGUGCCCUGCUCUUUCUUUGUGAGGUCAGAUUUACGUAUAUCUCCUACAGAUUUCCUAACCAGGUGCUGAUUAGGUUGACAUCUGCUUGGCUUCAACAAUGCUAUAGCAUCAGGUACUCUUCAGGCCCGAUAUCUAAAUCUGAGUUAGACUCAAAUCUUGGAGCGGAAAAUAUAUGUUUGAUACAACAUCAUUUUCAUUUUUCAGAUAAAUAUGACAUUUUUUCAUUGAACUUUAAUUGCUCUUCACAAAAUCGUUUACAAACAUCUGUGAAGGGAAGAUUGAUAUUUCCUUAUCUACUGCAAUUGAUGUAGCUAAACUGACACAUUUUUUUCUUUUUUGUUGUUUCAUAUCAAAUGUUAUUUGCUAAAUCCACAUGACUCUUGGUGAUGAUGAAGGGUGCCUUCUGAUAAACGGCUUGUAGCUUCUGAGUGAAAUUAGACUCAGGUUCUGGACAAUCCUAUGUCUGGGUAAUUAUAGAGCUGAUGAAAUAUUGGUAGCAGGGUUCUGCCUUUUUAUGUUGCUCCAACCUUGCAACAUAGUCCAUAUUUCAGCAAAGCCAAAGAUUUGACACUACUAAUUGGAAGUCCGUUGCCUGUUAUUACUUUUAAUCACUCAGAGAACAGAGAACUUUCAACUGCAAUAUUAUUCAUCCUCUUUAUCUUGUUGCAUUCUCAACAGUUUUGUAAGGUAAGUCACUAUCGCUCCUAUUUUAUGCAUAAAUAACAGCUGAAGGGAAUGACUUUGUCCGUAGCCCCACAGAAAGACACAGGGCGUCCCUAUCUUUGUCCAGCUGUCCUUAUGCUGAACCAUUUUGGAUCUCAUCCGCACCAAUUUAUCUGCCUGUGAUGCCUGCAAUAACUUCAUGUUUGUGAUAAUCUUACGGUUGACCAGAGGCCUCAUUUCAUGCUAACACAGUUAAAUCCUAAGACAGGCACCCCCAAACUGCGGCCCUCCAGAUGUUUUGGCCUACAACUCCCAUGAUCCCUAGCUAACAGGACCAGUGGUCGGGGAAUAUGGGAAUUGUAGUCCAAAACAUCUGGAGGGCCGAAGUUUGGGGAUGCCUGGCCUAAGAACACUUCUGUAUACCAGCCAUGCAUUCAGACUUGUACCUGCAUCAAUGUAAAACCGCAAUAUCAGAUCAGUUCUUUACUAGGUCCAUUUUCAAUCUGUACUCUCCACUUCCAUAUCCCCAUAAUCUUCUCUACAAUUGGGACCAGUCAUGAGAUCAGAAACACUAAAUGCAAAACACCUCUACUAACCAGUUGGGGAUCAGACUGUCAAAUCUAGUUUGAUUUGGUUCAGACAAGUUUAAAACCCAUUCCCUCUACCCAAGCAACAGUAGGAUUUAGUUCUGUAUGGAACAAAUAGUUUUCUAACUGAGAGUUAUCAGCACCUUGCCGAAAUAGUCACAGAAUAUUUGGGAUGUAAAACCAGUAUAAACUGUAGUGCAGAUACUUCUAUAUUCUUCUGAAAUAUGAGCCCCUUAUUUGUUACCAACUUUCUCACUGAGGUUAUUUUUUGCUUCUGUUUCCCUGUGUUUGGUUCAGCUGAAAUUUGUCGAUUGACUGCAUCACCAUCAAGUGUUCCUCUGUGAUAUAAUUUUAGCCUUUUAUAAACCAACACUGCUCAGCUUUUUCAGCUGUCUGCCCUCAUUACACACUAUAACUGCUUUUCUAUAUGGGUGAUUUCCUGAUAAUUGAGUAUAUUUCCUUUAUCUGUAUCAAGUGUUUUUGCUUCU